CCGACUUUUCAUAGGCUGGGGAGGAAAGCUUGAGAAACUUGACAUUGUCUUGGGCAGAGUGCGUGUAGCAACAGAUCAAAGAAAAAGGAAGAAAACGUGCUCUUUGCUGCCUGUGGAUCUCACUGAGUUGCUUUUGUCUGGCGGGCUUCUGUCGGGUUUGCUGUUUCCCCUCUGAAGACCGCGGCGUGGGCUUCGAGGCAGCUCGCUCCCUGCCGGAUGGGUCAUGGAAUUCUAAACAUGAGGCAGAUAGCUGAUCAGCUUCCUUGGAUUUUGCUGAUGACCCAGGAGAGCUUUGCCUGAAGAUGGAAACACUGGAGUCGGAGCUGACCUGCCCUAUUUGUCUGGAGCUCUUUGAGGACCCUCUCCUACUGCCCUGUGCACACAGCCUCUGCUUCAGCUGCGCCCACCGCAUCCUGGUGUCACACUGCGCCACCAACGAGUCUGUGGAGUCCAUCACCGCCUUCCAGUGCCCCACCUGCCGACAUGUCAUCACGCUCAGCCAGCGAGGUCUAGACGGACUUAAGCGCAACGUCACCCUGCAGAACAUCAUCGACAGGUUCCAGAAAGCCUCCGUAAGCGGGCCCAACUCCCCCAGCGAGACCCGCCGGGAGCGGGCAUUCGACGCCAACACCAUGACCUCCGCCGAGAAAGUGCUCUGCCAGUUCUGUGACCAGGAUCCUGCCCAGGACGCUGUGAAGACCUGUGUCACUUGUGAAGUGUCCUACUGUGAUGAGUGCCUGAAAGCCACUCACCCGAACAAGAAGCCCUUUACGGGCCAUCGUCUGAUUGAGCCAAUUCCGGACUCACAUAUCCGGGGGCUGAUGUGCCUGGAGCACGAGGAUGAGAAGGUGAAUAUGUACUGUGUGACCGAUGACCAGUUAAUCUGUGCCUUGUGUAAACUGGUUGGGCGGCACCGAGAUCAUCAGGUGGCAGCUUUGAGUGAGCGCUAUGACAAAUUGAAGCAAAACUUAGAGAGUAACCUCACCAGCCUUAUCAAGAGGAACACGGAACUAGAGACCCUUUUGGCUAAACUCAUCCAAACCUGUCAGCAUGUGGAGGUCAAUGCAUCACGUCAAGAAGCCAAAUUGAUGGAGGAGUGUGAUCUUCUCAUUGAGAUCAUUCAGCAGAGACGACAGAUUAUUGGAACCAAGAUCAAAGAAGGGAAGGUGAUGAGGCUUCGCAAACUGGCUCAGCAGAUUGCAAACUGCAAGCAGUGCAUCGAGCGGUCGGCCUCCCUCAUCUCCCAGGCCGAGCACUCUCUGAAAGAGAACGAUCACGCGCGCUUCCUGCAGACGGCCAAGAGCAUCACCGAGAGAGUCUCCAUGGCGACUGCAUCCUCCCAGGUCCUAAUUCCUGAAAUCAACCUCAAUGACACAUUUGACACCUUUGCCUUAGAUUUUUCCCGAGAGAAGAAAUUGCUAGAAUGUCUGGAUUACCUUACAGCUCCCAACCCUCCUACAAUUAGAGAAGAGCUCUGCACCGCUUCCUACGACACCAUCACUGUUCACUGGACCUCCGAUGAUGAAUUCAGCGUGGUUUCCUAUGAGCUCCAGUACACCAUAUUCACCGGACAAGCCAAUGUUGUUAGUCUGUGUAACUCAGCCGACAGCUGGAUGAUCGUGCCCAACAUCAAGCAGAAUCACUACACCGUCCAUGGUCUGCAGAGUGGCACCAAGUACAUCUUCAUUGUCAAGGCCAUCAACCAGGCGGGCAGCCGCAGCAGUGAGCCUGGGAAGCUGAAGACAAACAGCCAGCCAUUUAAACUGGACCCCAAGUCUGCACAUCGAAAGCUGAAGGUGUCCCACGAUAACUUGACAGUAGAACGUGAUGAGUCAUCCUCUAAAAAGAGCCACACGCCCGAACGCUUCACCAGCCAAGGGAGCUAUGGCGUAGCUGGAAAUGUGUUCAUUGAUAGCGGUCGGCAUUACUGGGAAGUGGUCAUAAGUGGGAGCACAUGGUAUGCCAUUGGCCUUGCUUACAAAUCGGCCCCGAAGCACGAGUGGAUUGGAAAGAACUCUGCUUCCUGGGCGCUGUGCCGCUGUCACAAUAACUGGGUGGUGAGACACAAUAGCAAGGAAACCCCCAUCGAGCCAGCCCCCCACCUCCGGCGCGUCGGCAUCCUGCUGGACUAUGACAAUGGUUCCAUCGCCUUCUACGAUGCUUUGAACUCCAUUCACCUCUACACCUUCGACAUCACCUUCUCGCAGCCUGUGUGCCCCACCUUCACAGUGUGGAACAAGUGCUUGACCAUUAUAACUGGCCUUCCCAUCCCAGACCAUCUGGACUGCACAGAGCAGCUGCCGUGAGCACCUGGCCACAGGGAGCUGCUUUCUGGGGAAUACAAAGGGUCGUGGCCACCAUUUCAGGGACAGAGAAAGCACAGGCUUCCAGAGUGAUUAAAUGUCGCCAAAAAGCGUCCAGAAAUAUCAGCUAGGAUAGGACUCGAAAUAGGCGAUUCUCCCCUUUUACUGUCUUUUGUAUUAAGUACACGCUUUAAUAAUUUCUUCAAAUUUUUCCUGUAUUUGCAGGAAAAUUUAUAGAUUAUUUAUAAAAGAAACAUAACCGGAAUUACAACUCUUAGACAUUAUUUGGUUUUGCACAUUAAGAGGCCCAGAAGUUUACCAGCUCUUUACAACAACCUUUGUGUCAUCACGGUCUGUGGCUUGAGGAAAAAAAAAUCUUUUAUAGUUUUGUAUGUUUA